ACUCAGAAUUUAAAACUUUACGACUAACAAAGAGCGGUAACUUCAAACUGUAAAAUUUUUAAACAAAACGGUAAAUAAACAUUCCUUAAAAACGUAUCCUAAAAUGUAAACAAUUUGCUUUAUACAUGUAUAUGAAGGCGGUUACUUUCCAUGAAAAAAGCAGUUAUCAGUUGCAAGUCCCAGCAGCCUGGAGGCCUGCAUGAAAGAAUGGCCGCUGACCAUGUGCUACUGUUAGCCAGAGUCAUUGAUGUACUAGACAGCAUCAUAGCUUACCCUAGCUGCAAUCUCUGCUACACCAAGCUCCUCAUAGAUCCCACUACUUCCAGAUACCACUGCAUGAAGUGCUAUUCUAGCCAGGUGAAGUGUAGGGUGCAGUGGCGUUACAGACUGGUUCUAUCUGUGUCGGACGGAUGUGUAGUGGGCUCUGUUGUGACCUUCGGGAAAAUGUUGGAACCAUACUUUGGUAAAACUGCAACUGAAUUUAGAAGAAGUCUGGAUGAUCUGGAAGGCUCUGGCUAUCCUGCUAAUGAACUUCUUCAAGAUGCACUCACGCGAACCUUUGUCGGGAAAUGCUUCUACUUCGGAUUCAAAGUUAAUGAAACACCAACGAAGGUGACACUUGGUACAUUAUUUCAAGAAGAUCCAGGUGGUUUCAAUCAGACAGAUUCUGAUGGCAAUGAUUCAGGAAUCUCACACAUUUUAGCUUAUCAAAUGAUAGCCAGCCAAGAUGGUGUCUAUGCAACAGUGACCGACCACAUGAGACUACUUGUUAAACAGCUACGACAUGGAUAUGAGGAGACCCCAAGAAGUGACCAACAAAACCGACUCAAAAGCAUUUAUGCAAGGUCAUGUAAAUCAUUACUGACUGAGUCUCAUUUAAGCUGUUAUGGUUCGUUCAUUGGUCAACAUUCUGUAGAAUUAAGCUGUGACCACUGUCAGGAAGUCUCUAAUAACGGAAGUGUUACGAAGUGCUUGUUAAAUUCAGAUCAUAGUAAAACCUCCUCAGAGUUAGGAAAUCUUGAUCGAAAUGAACAAUCAACAACAUCAGAGUUAGGCAUCCAACCAGAAGAUGAGAAACAUGUCAGUGUUGAUGGAAUUACAUUUGAAGAUAGUUCUGGUUGUAAUAGUUUUAGUAAUAUAUCAGAUGUGAUUCCUAACGAAUUUCAAGAAACACUUUGUGAAAAUGUCAUUGAAAAGAAAAUUGGAUUUUCUGAUACUAACAAUGAUAUUUCAAACACAAGUAGGAGAAUUGAUAGAGAGCUGCAGAGACGCCAUGUGUUCCACACUUUGACACAUAAUCCCCCACAACUGUGCACAAUGAUUCCUAGAAACCAGAUUGAAACCAACAACCAAGUUAACAAUAACCAUAUCAAAGGGCCGGAAUGUGAAAUUUCGUGUAGAAAUGACCAUAAUAAUUUGUUUAUGCCCGAGUCUGAAGGUAUGCAGUUAUUCUUUGAAUCACAAUGUGAUGGUAUUGAUUUCUCUAAUGAUGACUCUGGUCAGUACAUUACAACUGAAAAGGUUUUUAUAAACUGUUACACAUCUAAAAAUACUCUGGGUUCUGAAUAUUUAAAUAAUGGCAAUUCUAUAACAUGUCACUCAGAACAUUCUUUAGGUAAUGUGUCUUUUAAACGGAAUCAAAUUAGCGGAACAGGUAUUCAUGGGGAUCCUGGAAUUGAUUUAAGACCUCUGCCUAACUCAGUAAAAUGUGUGAAUUCAAUGGACAAAGUAAAUCAGAAUGUUGCAACAGCAUCGACGUUGUUGCCAGAAUCAGAACCGUUAGAAGAUUUCUUAAGUUCUUUUCAGGGAUUUUCAAUGUCAAUGACAGAGAUUGUGAACAUAGAAACAGUUAAAUCAAAUUGCAAUUUAUCAUAUGCUAAUUUCGAUAACAGCAGGGAUACAAGUCAUAAUGAAGGUGCUUAUUUUCACAGUGAAAUAGAGAAACAAAGGCAUACAUUUUCUAACAAUAUGUAUGAAUUAAGGACAGACCAAAUAUCAAGUAUGGUAAGUAUCUGUGGUCAUGAUGUCAAUGAUGAAGGAAAUACGAAAAGAAAGGAUUCCAAAAGUGAAGACGGUCAAAAACACAAUAUGUUCAAUACUGCAGAGUUUUCUGCUGGUGACUUUGAAACACAAGAUCUGGAGUUGUUUUUAGAUAACAUUAUUGCAACUCAAACAGAUGCCAAAUGUACUGAAAACAAUGAUGAAAAUACUAAGACUGCUUCUGUGCACUUGAGUGAACCUUGUGAAGGGGUAUUACAAACUCGCACUACUGAAAGUUUCACCUGUACGUUUAAUGUAACAGAUUUGGAUACAGAGCUUGAACAAUUUAUGAAAAGUGUGUUUACAAAAGAAGACGAUCAGAUGAAAACAAACUCAAUGGAAGAACAUAACCAUGAACAGGCGUUGAACGAAUUUGUUCGAAAUGAAGAUAUAAGCAAACCUUGUUGUAAUGAGUCAUUAUUGUUUUCACAUAGUUUUGUUGAGUCUGACCUGAUAUCAGAGUGUAAUGAAAUAAAUUUGCCUAUGAAAAACACCGAACAAAAUUAUGAAGUAUGCGCAGCAUGCAACUAUCAUGAUUCAGACAGAUACGUGGAAGACAUCAUUAACAAGUCGCGUCCAACAAAUGAAAUUUAUGAAAGCAAAUAUGAUGAUGGUGAAUCAAAAAACGAUAUUAUCACCAUUAACUUUGAGAAAGAAAUGGUAGAAGAAUUUGCCAAAGUCUCACAAAGCCCUUGUACCAACAUAAAAAUAUUGUGUGAAAAUGUAACUGCCAAACCGAAUGAAAGGCACUGUGUUUCGGGAGGCCAUAGCUGGCUAGAGGGCUCCGACAGUUUAAGUAUCACAAGCAAUGAUAUCCAUACAGGUGUUUGUACACAAUUACCGCUAGAAAGCAUACAUCAUUUCAGAUUGAGUGCCAAAAAGACACGUGAUGAAGAGAAUUAUCACGAUUAUGUUUCGAAUGACAGAGAAUGUUGUCUGUUGGAAAAAAGUGAUAUCAGAUAUACAAAUGAUAACCAGUCGGGUGAUUUGUUCGACGUUAGUAAUAAACAUGAAGAAACAAUAGACAUUUCAAAUACUCCUGAACAUUUAGGUAAACAGUCUUAUAGAAGUAAAGUGAUUGACCUUUUCUGUAGCCCAGAAAUGUGUUCAGAGGGAAAAGAAAGUAUGAAUGACACGACAAGUGUGUGUACGAAACCAUGUUAUUCCACACCUCUCGUUAACCAUACAUUGAAUUUUGAUACACCGGGACUUGAUCAGUGCAUUAUUGUUGACAGUCAGGAAGUUUCUCCACUCCAGGAGCACUCAAAUGAACAACUCGAAGCAAAAGACCGAAAUUUUCAUUUAGAUGUUUUAGAUAGAGAAUUACAUGCAUCAAAAUGUGGUACUCCCGGACUCGAUGCGGCAAUGAUUGUUGAAAGCCAAGAGGUAUUGUCUCAUUCAUCAAAUGAAAAAAAAGAAUCACAUUUAUACUCCAGAAAAGUGAGGUUUGACAAACGAUUGCAAAGGGUAAGCUCAUGUCAUCUUAUUGAUAUAAAGAUGCAAUUGAACAUCAGUCCUUCAACACAAGCAAAAACUACGAAAUCAUGUUUAAGGAAAACCAAUGAAAACGACCUCUUUAGCACAAGGGAGUUACUAAAAACAAACGGUUUACAAGAGAGUGACCACUAUGCUGGCAAAUUACAACAUGUAACCGAAGUCACUGAACUGAAUUCAAUGAACGCUUUUGAUAAUGGCAAUACAUGUGCAAGAAACAAUCUGCAUGAAAAUAAUUCAUGUGACAUGUUUGCCUCUUUCGACCUUAGCUUAUCAACACAAAGCAUGGAAUACUCUAAUAAUUUCCAAGAAAAGCGGAAAUGUUUAUUUAAAGAUUCUUUCUUGUGUAAUGAAAGUAAAGUAAAAGAGAGAGAUGUGAUAAAUUCUAUCGGCACAGAAGCUAGUAGAUGUGAUUACAAUGACCUAUCAGCCGAUUUGUUUCGGGACAGUUUAAUCGAUAAUCCCGAUGACCUCUCUUCAAAGAAACAGCAAAAUGAGACUCGUGAUGCAAAAGUUACUGUACAAAACAGUGUUACAACUGAGCGUCAAGUAUUUAAACCUUUAAUAAGUAAUUUACAGACUACAAGUAAAAGUGAUAAGUGUGCCUAUUUGUCGCCAGAUGUAAUUGACGAUAGCCCUUUGUUGGCUGGAAAAAAAGGAGACUUCGGUUUUAUAUUGAAAAGUGUCCCACAUGUUGCUACAACAAUAUUUGGCAGAAAAUUAUUCAUGUAAAAAUAAAAUAUAAUUAUUGCUGAUUUCAAAUCUAAGUGUGGCCUUGAAGACAACUUGAUAUAAAUGUUUUAUUUAUA